UUCUGUCUAGUUAUUUUUUCCAUAUAUUUUAUUUUAUAUUAUCACUUAAGUGUACUUUUCAAAAUUUAUAAAUGGUCAAGUGGAUAGAUGUCCUGGUCUUUGGAUCAGCAAAUAUUGAAUACAUUACAUAUGUAACAAAGUUGCCCAAAGUUGGCGAAAGGGUUGAGGGUAUGUAUAUGGAGACAUCCUUCGGUGGGGAGGGGGCCAAUCAAUGUGUGGCUGCUGCUAAAUUGGGUUCCACUGUCGCCUUGAUUGCAAAACUGGGCAAGGACGUGGCAGGUGAUGACUAUCUAAACUAUCUGAGUCAGCAAGGCGUAAAUGUCGACAAUGUGGAGCAGUUGGAGGACUCAGCAACUGGUAUGUCAGAGAUUGCUAAAUCAGAUGAUGGAGAAAGUCAGAUUAUUGUCGUACCCGGUGCCAAUUCGCUACUAAACGCCAAAGAUGUGUGUCGCUGUAAAAAAGUUCUCAAAGAUGCAAAAGUGCUUCUUUGCCAGCUAGAAAUAAGCCUCAAAGGAACUUUAACUGCGAUGCGAAAAUUCAAAGGUGUGUCUAUAUUGAAUGCAUCACCCCUUGCUAAUAAUUGGUCUGACGACUUGAUCAAAGCGCCGACGAUCCUGUGCAUUAACAAAGAUGAUGCUGCUCGGCUUACAUCAGUAGACGAGAUAAAGACGCCAGAGGAUGCCAAAGAAGUAGCAAAUGCUUUUUUGAAAAAGGGUGCUCAAAGCGUUGUUAUAACCAUGGGCGAUCAGGGUGCAGUUUAUUUAUCAAAGAAAGACAAAAACACUUGCAAACACGUGCCGGCUCCAGAAGUUCGGGCUGUUGCAGACCCAUCAGGUGUAGGUGAUGCAUUUGUCGCAAGUCUUGCCCAUUAUAUAGCACUUUUCCCGGAUUUACCCAGGGAAAAUCACAUAAGUGCGGCGAAUGCAUGCGCCGCAUUUGCUAUCCAGCAUAGUGGGACUCAUUCCAGCUUUCCAGGGCAACACAACCUAGAAGACGAUAUUUGUACAAGGCAACCAAUAGUUAAUAUAAUUUCUGAUAAGAAAAAAAAUCCAACAACUGAAGAAGAUGUAACCAAUGAAUCAGAAGAUGUAACCGUUGAAAAUUCGCAGGAAAAACUUUACAAAAAUAAUUCCAAUUCAAAUGCAGAGGAAUCGAACAUAAACGAAACGCAAAAGAUCAAAAGUACUAGUGCUAAAACAAGUACAAGUUAUCCUGAGACAAAUCAAAAUAAAAGGGAAGGUUCAGUAAAAGAAAAAACUGAAGAAAAUCGGAAAUCAGAAUACCCAGAUGAUACAUCAAAAUCAAUCAGUCCUGAGACAAAUCAAAACAAAACAGAAGAUUCAGUAAAAGAAAAAACUGAAGAAAAUCGGAAAUCAGAAUACCCAGAUGAUACAUCAAAAUCAAUCAGUCCUGAGACAAAUCAAAAUAAAACAGAAGAUUCAGUAAAAGAAAAAACUGAAGAAAAUCGGAAAUCAGAAUACCCAGAUGAUACAUCAAAACAAAUCAAUCCUGAGACAAAUCAAAAUAAAAGGGAGGAUUCACUAAAAGGAAAAACUGAAGAAAAUCGGACAUCAGAAUAUCCAGCUGACCAAUCAAAUCCAAUCAAUCCUGAAACAAAUCAAAGUAAACAAAAAGAUUCAGUAAAAGAAAAAACUGAAGAAAAACCGACAACAGAAUAUCAAGAUGACCCAUCAAAUUCAAUCCAUCCUGAGACAAAUAAAAAAAAAAGGGGAGAUUCAGUAAAAGGAAAACCUAAAGAAAAUCGAACAUCAGAAUUUCCAGAUGACCUAUCGAAAAAAAAGGUACAGGAUUAAUGGGUAUAGUGAAUUUGAGAAAAGUUCGUGGCUCCUGAAAGUGUUGGACCGAAGGACAAACUUUCCGAUUGUAUCUCUAAUAAAGUUAUUUUUUAACAUUCA